AUGUCCAGCGCACCGGCCUUUGGCCAUCGCCAGACGCAGUCCUUCGCCGUCAAGCCAUCGAUGGGCUCCAACAACGGCUUUUCCCAUGGAUCAUUCCACUCGACGCAGCCUUCCAUGGGCGGCUACGGCGACAGGCAUCCACAGAGGAACAACGUCCCAAGCAUCAACACGAACCGCAUGAGCAUGCAAAUCAACGGGAGCGAUAUGCAGACUCCUCAGACUGGCUACGACAUGAACUUCACACCCCUGCUCCCAUCGCAGUUGUUGAUGGGGAGCCCCUUUCAGCCGGGUUCGCCGUCGACCUUCCAGUCCCCGCAAUUCCAGAACUUCUCCAACUUCCCUCAGCAACAGCAUGGUGCUUCGCGCGGUCACCAGAGCCAAAUGAGUCAAGCCUUUCAACACCAACAGGCCGCCAUCUCCCCAGGUGGCUACCAGACUCUCGCCUCGCCCAAUGCCAUGGGUGCCCCCUCGUACUUUGGUGGCAUGCAGUCCCCCACGACCGGUUUCAACGCUCUUGGAGCCGCGCCGAUGGGUGCAUAUGGACCUCAGAUGCAGAUGCAGCAGAUGGGACAGGGCAUGAUGUCUGGGACGAGCCGUACAGUCUACCUGGGCAACAUCCCACCGGACACUUCGGCUGAGGAGAUCCUCUCCCACGUUCGCAGUGGCCAGAUCGAGUCUGUCCGUCUUCUGCCUGACAAGAACUGCGCCUUCAUCUCGUUCCUCGACGGAAGCUCUGCCACUCAUUUCCACUCGGAUGCGAUUUUGAAGAAGCUGUCCAUCAAGGGACAGGAUAUCAAGAUCGGCUGGGGCAAGCCUUCGUCGGUCCCUACAUCUGUGGCUUUGGCUGUUCAGCAAUCGGGUGCUUCUCGUAAUGUGUAUCUGGGAAACCUGGCGGAUGAGACGACUGAGGAUGAGCUGCGCGAUGACUUGAGCAAGUUUGGCCCCAUCGAUACUGUGAAGAUCGUUCGGGAGAAGGCGAUUGGUUUCGUCCAUUUCCUGUCGAUUGGCAACGCUAUCAAGGCAGUUACACAGCUCCCACAAGAGCCAAAGUGGCAGGCACCACGCAGAGUAUACUACGGCAAGGACCGAUGUGCCUACGUUUCGAAGACGCAACAGCAAAACGCCGCCCAGUACCUUGGAAUCGCCCCUGGGUACGCACACGUCCUGAACGGCGCCGAUCGGGACUUGAUCACAAAUGCCCUUGCACAGCAGUCUGUUGCGGCCGCAGCUGUUGCGACCACUGCAGGUGGAGUGAACAACCUGGGCAACCGGACGGUCUAUCUGGGCAACAUCCACCCCGAGACUACCAUCGAGGAGAUCUGCAACGUCGUUCGAGGUGGUCUCUUGCACCACAUCCGUUACAUCCCAGACAAGCACAUUUGCUUCGUCACGUUCAUCGACCCGACGUCUGCGGCGUCAUUCUACGCCCUCAGCAACUUGCAAGGUCUCAUGAUCCACAACAGGCGUCUGAAGAUUGGCUGGGGCAAGCACUCUGGAGCGCUUCCACCGGCCAUUGCUCUGGCUGUGUCGGGAGGGGCUUCGCGAAAUGUGUAUAUUGGCAACCUGGACGAGACUUGGACUGAGGACCGCUUGAGGCAGGACUUCCAGGAGUACGGUGAGAUCGAGCUGGUCAACACUCUCCGCGAGAAGAGCUGCGCUUUCGUCAAUUUCACGAACAUCGCCAAUGCGAUCAAGGCCAUCGAGGCUGUUCGAGGCAAGGAGGAAUACAAGCGAUUCAAGGUCAACUUCGGCAAGGAUCGUUGCGGCAACCCACCGAGGCAGGUCAUUAACAAUCAGCAGUUGCAGCAACAGCAGCAGCAGCAGCAGCAACAGCACGAGAAUGGCAUGAGCUCUCCCUCCCCCGUCAACGGCCUCGCACCAAGCAGGACCCAAAACUCGAUCUCCCCAGCCAGCUCCGGCCCAUCGAACACGUCCUACAACCCCUUGCACGGCCCGACCGCCUCGACCAUCUUCAACAGCGGCAACAACAACCCUUUGACCCUCUACCUCGCCGCGAGCCAACAAAACGCCCAAGCAACCGCCGAGCAACAAGCGCAACGACUCUCGCGCGGCGACCUCAGCCCCGACCCUUACGGCGCCCAAUACCAGCCCUCCCAACCCCCCUCCGCCUCGCACCUCUCCAGCCAACAAGCCUUCUACAGCUCCCCCAACGAAGUCACCGCAACCCGCUCCGCCGGCCUCGAGCCCCCCUCCUCCCACGCCUUCGGCCACGGCAGCCAUCAAAGCGUCAACAUCACGACCAACGGCAUGCCGAUGAACUCGUACUCGAACCAGGCGACCCAGAACGCCCGGGGUGGCGCUUCGCAUAGCCGAACCGUGAGCUUGCCAGCGUUCAACCUACAUCAGGCACAGCAAGCCCAGGGCCAGCAGAACGGGCUCGCUGGGCUGGGCGGUUUCAGCGCUGGUGGGUAUGGACUGGGGGUUUCGGAGGGAGCUCUGCCCGGUUGGGCGGAGGAGGAGGUCGCGUAG